UACAAAACAUAUAUCGAACCGAGUUGGAGUAGGAGACGUUUGGAUCAGAAUUGUCGAGACGAUCAAUUCGGUUGCCUAUUUUAGUAAUUUCACCAUUGAGUGCAGUCCGGUUCCAAGGGUGGACAAUUCCAUGUUUUUUCUACUUUCAAGGGUUUCUAGUUUCUAGAAUCGAAUGGAUCCAAUCUGGAAUUGGUUGCAGUCGCUAUCAAAUUUGCAUCCAAUUCCCACGAAUUUGGAGCAAAUUAGUUCACGGCUGACUUCAGCUACCAUCUUUCACGUGUCUCUUUCUCAUAUCAUCAUAUGGGCCUUGCAUUUGUCACUGCGAACGUGGGUUUACUUCCAUCAAGAGAAUUUUCCCCGCAGCCACCCUCUUUCGUACCUUAAACCCUCUUUUUCUCCCCAAACUUUAACAAAAACCCUGAAAAUUCAUCUGAUCAUAACAGCCUGUGAAGAAAGAUCUCUGGGAUUUCGGCAGAUCAGAUAUGGGUUUUCUUUGAAGAAGGGGGAAUGACUGAUUUCAGAACAAAAUUGGGGGUGGAAGGAGGCGGGUAUUACUAUUAUGGCAUAUGCACCGCCGGUGGCAUGUUCAGCGCCGGCGCCACCCAUCUCGCCGUCACCCCUCUUGAUGUCUUGAAAGUCAAUAUGCAGGUGAAUCCAAUCAAGUUUCACAGUAUCGCCUCUGGUCUCAAUAUUCUCUGGAAAGAAGAAGGUCCUUCGUCUCUAUGGAGAGGAUGGUCGGGUAAACUAUUCGGCUAUGGCGUUCAAGGUGGAUUCAAAUUCGGACUUUACGAAUUCUUCAAAAGACGUUACACAGAUGUAUUAACAGACGAAAGACAAAGCAUCGUAUAUUUCCUCAGUAGUGCAUCUGCUCAAGUAUUUGCAGACAUUGCUCUUUGUCCAUUUGAAGCUGUGAAAGUUCGUGUCCAAACACAACCCAAUUUCGCAAAGGGAUUAUCAGAUGGGUUCCCAAAAUUAUAUUCACGAGAAGGAAUUUCUGGGUUUUACAAGGGGCUUCUUCCACUUUGGGGACGUAAUCUUCCAUUUUCAAUGAUCAUGUUCUCAACAUUUGAGCAUUCGGUUGACCUAAUUUACAGAAAGUUUGUUCAAAAGAGAAAGGAGGAAUGUUCGAGGGGACAACAAUUAGGGGUGACAUGUUUAGCUGGGUAUACUGCUGGAGCUGUGGGAACUGUGAUUUCGAAUCCAGCUGAUAAUAUUGUGUCUUCUUUAUAUAACAAGAAGGCUAAUCACACAGUGUUGCAGGUUGCAAAGAGUAUUGGAAUGAUGAAUUUGUUUACAAGAAGUCUUCCUAUAAGAGUUGCACUUGUGGGACCUGUUGUGACUCUUCAAUGGUUUUUCUAUGAUACGAUUAAAGUGCUUAAUGGACUGCCUACGACUGGAGGGGUUAGCUUAGGGGUAGAAGGAGAUGCAUGAAGCAUUGCUUCAAUGGUGGUUCACUUUUGAGGUCUCCUUCCUGCAAUUUUAACACUCAUUAACAUUUUAUUGGUUUGUAUAAGUAUAAAAAUAUAUACAAAAUGUAGUUCUUUUUUUCUUGGUUUAUAGAAAUUGUAAUGCUUUGUUCUUAAAGAAACAUUAUGCGCUUCAAAGAUGAAUGAAAAAAUUAAGAUACAAGCUCUGAUGUGAGAAAUAAAAGUGUCAGAAAAUGUUAUGGACAAUGAUAGGGCUGAGCAAAAACCGAACCGACUAAAGAAAAACCGACAAAACCGCAAUAGACCGCAACCGAAAAACCGAAACUGAUGCAAAAACCAAUGGUGCGGAUUUAAUUUUUGCAAAAACCGAAGGUCAACGGUUCGGUGUGGUUUCUAUCCAAAAAACCGGCCUACCAAAACCGAACCGCACCGCAAGCGUGUAUAGUAAUAAAUCAAUCAAUGUAUAUUAUAUACAUGCUACUUAUAAACG